GGAGCUACGUGAGGGUGCGCGGGAGCCUUGGCAACGGGACAUCCGGGUACCCCGCGCGGCUCGCGAUAGCUUCCGAGUCGCCUGGUAACCUUGACAACGGGGCCUGCGGAUAAUAACUCAAGUUGCGACCGGUCGCUUCCGUGUCGUCCGGUCGCCUUGGCAACCAGACAACUCGCGGAGGCCGUCUUGGUAGCUCCAAUAGGAUGGCGGAGGUGAAGGCCCGACCGAUUGCACCCUUCCCAGCGACCUCAGACCUUCCAAAACCUCGCUCAGGAAAAGGGCCCGAACUGCCCAUUCUGGAGAAGAGGAACUGGCUGAUACACCUGCACUACAUCCGCAAAGACUAUGAUGCAUGUAAGAUUGCUAUAAAAGAGCAACUUCAGGAGAGCCAUGGGAUGUGUGAAUAUGCGGUUUACGUUCAGGCUUUGAUAUUUCGCUUGGAAGGGAAGAUCCAAGAGUCUCUUGAGCUGUUCCAAACUUGUGCUAUCCUCAGUCCUCAGAGCACAGACAACCUCAAGCAGGUGGCUCGGUCAUUGUUUCUCCUGGGGAAGCACAAAGCGGCCAUCGAAGUAUACAGCGACGCAGCCGAACUCAACAAAAAGGACUGGGAGAUCUUCCACAACUUGGGCGUCUGCUACAUGUAUCUGAGGCAUUUCAACAAGGCGAAAGAUCAGCUGAAUGCCGCCCUGGAGUUGAGCCGGCACGACCUGACGUACGUGACCCUGGGGAAAAUCCACCUGCUGGAGGGAAACACGGAGAAGGCCGUUGAAGUCUAUAAGAAGGCAGUGGAAUUCUCUCCCGAAAACACAGAACUCCUGACGACCCUGGGCUUGCUUUACCUGCAGCUUGGCAUUUUUCAGAAGGCCUUUGAGCACCUCGGGAAUGCGCUCAUGUACGAUCCGAGCAACUAUAAGGCAAUUUUGGCAGCCGGCAGCAUGAUGCAGAUGCACGGAGACUUUGACGUGGCCCUCACCAAGUACCGCGUGGUCGCGUGUGCCGCUCCUGAAAGCCCCCCGCUCUGGAACAACAUUGGAAUGUGCUUCUUUGGCAAGAAGAAAUAUGUAGCGGUGGGUAUCAGUUGCACGCUUCCUUCCCCCCUGCACAGCCCCCUGGUCAACCUGAAUUACGCCAUCCUGCUGUACAACCAGGGAGAGAAGAAACAGGCUGCCCUCCAGUACCAGGAGCUGGAAGGCAAAGUCACCAUGUUAAAGAGGCAGCCUUCCCUUAUUUUGCACAACCAGAUGGUGGACGUAGCCCAGAAGCUGGGCACCGCGUUACAGCUGGGAGAGAGCUCGGUUUGGGCCAAGCCUGCCAAAGACUCCAAGUCAAAGCAGCGAGGGGCUUCGGCCAGCAAGCCUCCCGGGACGCAGCCCUUGGGCUCCAACCAAACCCUUGGAAAAGCCAUGUCUUCGGCUGCUGGGUAUGGGAAGACGAUUCAGUUUCUACCAGGUGCUGGGAUUUCGGCUCAGCAGGCAAAGCCCCCCUCCCUCCCGCUGGAGCCUGAUCUCGACUCGGAGCCUGGUCCAGAGGAGGCAGAGAUGCCGGAGCGGAGGCUCAAAAGCCAGCCGGCCGGACAAGAAGAGGGAUCCGGAGGGGACGCCUGACCAAGGGAGCUUGUGAGCUCUGAAACCCACCCACCCCCCGCUAGCAGCAAAGGAGGCCGAGGUGCGUCGUGUUGCCUGACAGCCAGUUCUCCCUUGAGCCAACACGGUAUUUGGGAGCUGUGACUAUAAUCUCUUUCCUUCCGCAUUCCAGAGCAGGCUUUCUUGGAGGUAGCCAGCCGAUCCCAUCGCAUGUGAACAACCGACAACAACACUGCCUUUCCCGUGACAUGUCCGGCAAAUUGAGGGCCCGGCCUUCCUCUCAGGUUUCUGUUUGGUUGGACUUGCCUUCUGGAAACAGAUCUCCCAGGCUCUGCCAGAAGACAGCCAGCCCCUCAUGCCCCUUUGCUGGAGCCCCUAAAUCAGUCAUUUCUCAAAUUUGGGUUGGAGGUUCUCCUUCCGUAGAGAAAAACUGCAACAGAGAAGCAGGGACAGCUCUUCCUUUCGAUUGCUAGCUGAUAGAAGCUGUCCCUAUCAAAGCCAGCGCGAGAAACUAAUUCUGUUUGCAGGAACUGUAAGAUAUGUAUAGGAUUUGUAACUUAUAGUAAAGGAAUAAAUUGUAUUGGAACUUCA